UUCCUCGCUUGAAUUCAGACUGGACUUGACUCCCACCACCCCACCCCGCGGCGCGGCUGCCAACCCGAACCCCACCCGCUGCCGCCGCGACGUCGCCGCCAAGCAACCGGAGACGCGGGAGCCCCACGCCGCCCUCCACUCCACCCCACCCACGGGCGGCCUCCUCCUCCUCUUCUACAUCCCCUACGACGCAUACGCAGGCGUCCAAACAAUAGCCCGCGGCGGAAAGCGAUUCGCCUCACCGGAAGCGCGCGCAUGGACCGCAUCGUCGGCGGCAAGUUCAAGCUCGGCCGGAAGAUCGGCUGCGGAUCCUUCGGCGAGAUCUACCUCGCCACGCACAUCGAUACCUACGAGAUCGUUGCCGUGAAAAUUGAGAGCAGCAAGACGAAGCAUCCCCAGUUAUUUUACGAGGCAAAGCUCUACAACACUCUCCAAGGAGGAAGUGGCAUUGCAAACGUCAAGUGGUGUGGUGUAGACGGGGAAGAAAAUGUUCUCGUCAUUGACCUGCUGGGGCCGAGUUUGGAGGACCUGUUUGUCUACUGCGGCAGGAAAUUCACACUCAAGACUGUCCUAAUGUUGGCUGAUCAGAUGAUUACAAGAAUCGAGUUCAUGCAUUCCAAAGGGUACUUACACAGAGAUAUAAAACCUGACAACUUUCUGAUGGGUCUUGGUCGGAAAGCAAAUCAGGUAUACAUAAUUGAUUUUGGGCUUGCCAAAAGAUACCGGGAUUCUACUACGAAUCGCCAUAUUCCUUACAGAGAAAAUAAGAACUUGACUGGCACAGCACGCUAUGCAAGUUGCAACACCCACCUUGGGAUUGAACAAAGCCGCAGGGAUGAUUUGGAAUCUCUUGGUUAUGUCCUUCUGUAUUUUCUCCGUGGAAGCCUCCCGUGGCAGGGACUAAAAGCUGCAACAAAGACACAGAAGUAUGACAAGAUAUGUGAGAAAAAGAUAUCAACUCCUAUCGAGGUCUUAUGCAAAUCCUGUCCAGUCGAAUUUGCAUCUUACUUCCAUUACUGCCAUUCAUUGACAUUUGAUCAGCGACCGGACUAUGCAUUUGUGAAGCGACUUUUUCGUGACUUGUUUACCCGCGAAGGUUAUGAGUUUGAUUAUGUCUUCGACUGGACAGUUUUGAAAUACAAACAAGGGCAAAAACAAAAGCAAAGCCCUGGGGCACCAGCUCGACCAAUUCAAGCAGAUGUACAGAAACAAGCAGGUGUAAAUGGUGUUUUUCAUCAUAAUGAAGCUCGGGAGCAUGUAGAGACAAGCCAUCCAGCAGAUCAAGCUGUACAGUCUCAAGGCAAACAGGCAACCAAUAAAGAUUGGAAUUCCAGCAUGCAGCGUACAUUGAACCUUAGACAAGAUGUGGCUGCUGGAAAAGCACAGCUGACGUCUGUCCCGCUUCUUAGUUCCCCGUGGAAAAAUGAUGGUGAUUCAAGACAAAAUGGAAAAUUUGAUGCCGUUCACCACAAUCAGGGUUUUGUAAAAAUAACUGGCUCAUCUAACAGCUGGAUUCCUACAUUCCAGCACAAUGCCCCAGCAAACUGACAGAUCAUGUUUGGUGGAGGAAAGAGGAGAUACAAAGAGUUAGAGAAGGCCCCUGUUCCUUUGAGGUGGUUCAGAGUCAAGUGUCGCACAGUCAAUGUAGACUCUUGUUUAAUCUGUGUUAGUGAGGUGGCUACUGAUGCAUUUGAUGAUGAUGCUGCCUGCUAAUUAUGGAAGGUUUGCUCGCUGUUGUGAUGAAUGCUUGGGCAGUUCGUCGGACUGCUGCUUAAACAUUUCGUUGUAGGAGUCCUGGAUGCCUUGUAAAUUGGUUACAUGUUAAUAGAUGUAUGGUUUGAGCAUAUUGCAAAUAAUUAUGAUCUGGAUUUCUGCACUUUCUGCUGUCAAUUAAAUUACACAUGUUACAACACGAUUGUUUAUUGAAGUUAGCUUUGUCAUCUGAAAUGUUUUAGCAUUAGGUACUGCAGAGGCUCAACUGAACAGGGGUAGAGUAUGCCAUUCUUAAGUUGACUUUGUCGACAUUGGUAUUUCCGUAUCUUUAGCAGCGUGAUGCUGGCAAGCCUUGGAAAGCAGCUGAAUAUCUUCUGAUGUCAUCAUUUCAUUGUGGAAUCGUUCAAGUUGCCAAUUUUUUCUUAAAAAAAAGGUUUCCAUGUCACCGUUACACUGGCCAAAUCCAGCCAUCGGAGCUGUCAUGACAUUGUUGCUUGCCUGGUUGUGUUAGUGUAGUUUUGUAUCAUCCAUCCCGACAAUCCUAGUCGCCUCAGACUUGUUGCUGCCUCAAAUGAGGAGAUGCUCGACAGGGGGCCUGGGGCAGUGAAGCUGUGGUUUUCAUCCAAGUAAAUGAUGCCAAGUCUACCGAUUUUUUUCAUGUAAAUUAAGUCGUGGAAAUCUGGGAGACGCCAGGAGGAGGAGAACAAUUCUUCUUGCACAGGAUUGAUUCCCAGAUUCGUGUCUCCAAAUGCCUAAUGGGCCCCUUGACGCGAGGAGCUAGCAAGAAUUCUUGGCACGAGCUGCAGGAAACACGGAUUGCAGGGCGCAUCAUUCCCUCCAACAUGAAAAGGAGGAAGCCCUGAAUCAUUCUCUUUCCGUAAGCACCCAAUCAUACGGACCAUUAAAGCAGACAAAGAAGAGAUAAGCAAGCCCCAUCAGCAUAUUUCAUGAAAAUACGAAAGCAAGUCGCUUUGAUCACCAGGAUGCUAAUGACAAGGCAUAUUCCCUUGUUUGUUUCAUGUGAUUCAAUUUCGUCACUAGUUGAUGCCAAACACUUUUGUCUCAAGUACUUGUAAAUGCCAUCAGGCAUGCGCUUAGCUCGAUGUCAUGGGCACAAGUACUGCACUUUAUUUUGUUGCUGACCAAUGAUUCAGAUCACGCGCACGUAACCACAUCAUCACCCAGUA